CGUCAGUUAUGCGUUCCCCGGUGCAACCAGACUCGAAACACUACUAACGGUGAGUGGAUAUCUGGAUGUGGGUCUAUCAUCUUUCCUCGCUUUCCUGAACAAAAUGUUUGCAGAAUCGCUUUAGUGUGGUAGCCAAAACUCAUGACGGCAGCCGCCAAAAUAUCGAUGAAGAAUGGAAUCUUUGUUAUUCUGGGCUGUGUUCUAGUCGUCACGAUAGUUUUAGGCGUUUUCACAACAUCAGAGUAUAGCCCGACUUUCUUUAAUCGGAUACUCUCAUUUCCUCCAUCCCUACACCGGCACUCGCCUGUCCGUGAUGAGCCGGGUUCCCGUUCUCAGUCGCAUCAUGGUCAGGCAUUAAUCGACUGCUUGACAGAUGGAGUGUGGAAACGAGACUCCAGUCAAGAUUUCACAGGGUUGCAAGAAAAACUUGACGAAUUUAUCAGGAAAACCAGGGACAGUUAUAAGUUACCAAAUCCUUUGCAAAGAAAGGACAGCCUUUGCGGUAAUGUGACGUUCGGUGAAGGCUUAAAUUUUUUUCGUGCGGUGUGCGAUCCAUUUCUGUCGACGCCAUGUUGUUUUCAGGGCACGUGCAAGAGUAUUUCCGAAGAACUCUGCAUGUGCCCGGAAUGUUACGAUCUUCGACAAAACAUGCACGGCGAAAUGUCCGAAUGGAUCGGCUCCCGGACUGAUUGCCAACUGAAAAAAUUUACCAAUGAAGAAGCAUGCAGUGUUUUGCGAGAUCGACAAAUUGUCUUCAUCGGCGACUCGUUCAUGCGACAGAUGUUCAUGGGUUUGCAGAUUCUCCUCAGCAACAAUGACAUCGACUCCUGCAUGAGGGCCAAAAUGUCCCCAGAAAUGGAGAAGCAUUGCAAGUGGUUGUACAUGUUUACCAAAGAGUGUCGUCCUUUUGUGGCUAAGAAGGACUUACGGUGUCGUGGUACUGUCACCCUGCACUACUACGAGUGCUUCACUCCGGGAUCUUUUAAUGUCACCCCUCACGUGCAGAAGCAUUGCGGCUCGGUCUCGACGUUGUUUGUGUUCGGCUUCGGACUGCACUACAAGUAUAACGCCCAGAAACUGAUCAAAGAGCUGGUUGCACCUAUUCUCAAGCAGCUGCACGCAAACCCUGCGUAUGUGGAAACCAAGCUGGUCUGGAUGCUACCUCACUCAAUGGGCAUGCUCCACCAACAGACACAACCUUUACAGGUGCUCAGCUUCAAUUCCAAAUUACGACAAUACCUGAGCCCACUUGCGGUACCGGUUAUAGACACCUUCAACCUAACCCGGAAUCUAAUCACGUACGAUGGUUCUCACUAUACUAAAGCCGCCAACCUCCUUAAAGUGCAGAUCCUCCUAAAUUACUUGGCGGAUCAGGGCGGCCAUUUCUGAUCAUCAAGCCGCACUUCCGGUGCGUUC